AUGGCCGACGACUCACUCUCCAUCUACGAUGAGAUCGAAAUCGAAGAUAUGACCUUCGACCCCGCGAUGCAGAUCUACCACUAUCCCUGUCCAUGCGGCGACCGCUUCGAGAUCGCCAUCGACGAUCUUCGCGACGGAGAGGAUAUCGGUGUGUGCCCGAGUUGCAGUUUGAUGAUCCGGGUUAUCUUUGACCUGGCUGAUCUACCUAAGCCGGAUAACCAGCAGACUGAUGGAGUUGCUGUGCAGGCGUGA